AUGGCGGACCAGGAGAUGCUGGCGCUCCUGGCGACGAACCUCCAGGCCAUGUACCACGGCACGGACGCGGCCCAGCGGCGGAGCGCCGACGCGUUCCUCCAGAAGCUGCAGCGCGAGGCGAGCGGGUGGGGCCUGGCGGACGCGAUCCUCGGCGGGCGCACGCCCUUCGCGUCGGGCCCCGGCGACCUCGCGUCCAACGCGCUCGGCGCCGAGGCGGUGACGUUCGCGUCGAUGACGCUCCACGCGAAGGUCUCCGGCGACCUGCACGAGCUGUCGCCGGAGCAGGCCGUAUCGCUGCGCGGCGCGGCGCUCGACCACCUCGCGCGCUGGAGCGGCGUCGGCGUGCCCGGCGUCGUGGUGAAGAAGCUGGGGCUGACCGUGGCGGCGUUGGCCGUGUCGACGUCGUGGGACGGCGCCCUCGACUUUGUCCGCGAGGCGUUCGGCCGCGAGGAGGCGGACGCGGCGCAGGGCAUGCGGACCAAGGUCGUCGCCGUCGAGCUGUUGGCGGCGCUGCCGGAGCAGUGCGCCUGGAAGGAGCUGAACGUGCCCCUGAGCCGCCGCGAGGCCUACACGCGCUACCUCUGCCAGAGCUCCGAGGGCGUCCUCGGCGUGCUCACGCAGCUCGUGGUUUGGGCCGCGGGCGCGGCCGCGGGCUGCCCCGCGGGCGCGGAGCAGCUCAACGGCGCCGUCUUCGGGUGCCUCAAGUCCUGGAUCUCCUUCUGCGACAUCAAGGCCGAGCACCUCGCGUCGAGCGCCCUCUUCACCGGAGCGUUCGACGCGCUGGGCCACGGCCCGCUCUUCGAGCACGCGUGCGACGUCAUCGUCGAGGCGCUGCGGCGCUUCGACUGCCGCCUGCCGGAGAACGGCGUCCUGGUCGCCGCCAUCGCGCCGCGCGUCAUGGCUCUAGAAGCGCGCUUCGCCGCGGCGACGGCGAGCGAGGACGACGACGAGGCCAUGGGCCUCUGCCGCAUCUUCUGCGAGAUGGGCGAGGCCUACAUGCCCAUGAUCGCGAGCGAGCGCGACUGCAACCAGCUCGCCAUCGUUUCUGUGAUGAUCAAGUGCACGGAGUACCCCGCGCGGCGCGUCGCGGCCAGGGCAGCAAAAGAGAGCGAAAUUCCCAACUUCAAAGGCUCCUAUCUCGGCCGUUUUCCACUCGUCGCGGCGGCGCCGCUCCGGUUCUGGUACCACCUCGCGCGCGCGGUCGGGCGCCUGGCCGACGGCGACCCGGCGCGCGCGAGCCUCGUGGCCAAGUUCCGCGACGCCUACGCGUCCCUGGCGCGGCUCUGCGUGCGCCUGAGCGUCCGGGGAGAGCACGACGUCGACGCCGCGGACCCGCGGUUGGACGGCGACGACUUCUCGAGCCACCGCUGCGACCUCUUCGACGCCUUUGGCGACGCGGCCUACUUCCUCGGGGCCGACGCGGUCCUCGCGGCCGUCGCGGAGGAGGUGCAGCUGGCGACGGGCGCGAACGCGACGUGCGACGGCGUCGAGGCGUGCUUGUUCGCCUUGACGGCGCUGUCCGACUUCGUGCCCGACGCCGAGGCCUUCGUGCUCCCGUCGGCCUGCUCCAUGGUCUGCGCGUUGCCGCGCGACUGGCGCCGCGCGCGCGACCGGGGGUCCGUGUUCGUGGGCGCGUACGCGCGGUGGCUCCGGCGGCGGCCCGACGCGCUCCGGUCGUGCUUCCAGUUCCUAUUGGACGAGCUCGCGGCCCUGCCGGCCCAGGCGCCGGCCAAGGGGGACCACAGCUCCCAGGCCGCGCGCGCGCUCAAGCGGCUCUGCGACAAGUGCGCGCCGGAGCUGGGGCAGGCGGGCGCUUUGACGAUCCGCGACACGCUGACGAACCGCGUGCCGCUCAAGGACGAGCUCGAGAUCCUCGAAGGCCUGGGCGCCGUCGUCGCGGCCAUGCCGGACUACGAGGCCGUCCGCGCGGGCACGGAGCAGCUCGCGGGCCCGCCGGCGCUCGCUUUGACGGCGAUCGCGUCGUCGAACGCGGCGGGCGAGCCGCGCGUCGUCGCGCGCGAGCUCGACCGCCUCACGUCCGUCGUGCGCUACGCGUCGCCGCCGGCGGCGCUGUUGGGGAGCCGGCCCCACCCGGUCCUCGAGCUCUUCGACAAGCUCUGGCCCGUCUUCGAGGCGCUGGGCGCCAAGUACCGCGAGUCGACGGUCGUCGUCGUCGUCGAGAAGCUGUGCCGGUGCUACAAGCACGCGAUGCGGUCCUGCCGCAAGGCCUUCGCGCCCAUGCUGAGCCGCAUGGCCGCGCAUCUCGUGCAGUCGUUCGCGUCGAACCCGAUCUCGUCGUUCAUCUACUGCUCGUCGAUCUGCAUCACGGAGUUUGGCGACGAGGCGGAGAAGCGGCCGGCGCUCUUCGACAUGUUCGCGUCGCUGUCGUCGGCGGUUUUUGGGUUGCUGAGCACGCCCGAGGCCUACGCGGCGGCCCCCGACGUCGUCGAGGAGUACUUCUACCUCGCGUCCCGCUUCCUGGACCACUGCCCGGAGCCGCUGCUCGAGAGCCCGCUGCUCGCGGCGUUGCUGCGCGCGGCGACGGCGGGGCUGGCCGUGGAGCACCGCGAGGCGCUCCGGGGCGUGCUCCACUGCUGCGACCGCUUCGCGUCGACGGCGAUCCGGUCGCUCCAGCGCGCGGGCGGGCCCCUGCCGCCGGCCGUGGCCCACUGCGAGCCGCCGCUGAGCCGCCGCGACGCGCCCCAGUCGCAGCAGGACGUCGACGACGCGCGGCGCCACGCGGCGACGCUCCACGGGUUGCUGGUCGUCGAGGCGUCGGGCGCGGCGCUCACGGACGGCCUGCUCAAGGCGCUGUCGGGGGACCUGCCGUCCUACAUCAAGGACGAGGGCCGCGGGUCGCUGCUCGGCGUGCUCUGGAAGCUCCGGCUCGUGUGCCCGCCGGAGUCGUUCGCGGCGUGGUGCUCGACGAGCCUCGCGGUCAUCACGGACAAGUUCGCGUCCCACGAGAUCACCAACGACCUGCUCAAGUCCGUCGCCGUCGAGCCGCCGCGCAAGGACCACUUCUACGACGCCUUCGCCGUCUUCGCGCGCUGCUUCUCCGCGAAGCGCAAGAUGAAGACGCGCCGCUCGGGCCGCCGCUAG